UGGCUGCUAUAUACAUGCAGUUAGAGGCUAAAAUAGUGGACGGCGGCGAAGUUUUUGUAGCGGGGAACUGGCUCCCGAGCUGCAAGUUCUUUAAAGAUGAGCACUUCCUGGCCGCGUUUGGUCUGAGCCCGGCUUUUCCCAAGGAGGCUUCUCUUGCUUACAUAAAGGAAACAGACCCGGACAUGGCCGAACGACUAACCUCCGCCGCUCUGAAGGCUGCUCGGAUUAGGGCCGAGAUGAAGGCGAAUAAAAUUAACAAGCCUUCUAAGCCAAAGGAUCCCUCCAAUCCCAAGCCGAGAAAGCGCAAGGAGCGCACUGAAGAGAGGGUGGAGAUGACAGAGAAGGCUUUGGCGAAGGCCCGAGCCGAGAAGGAGGCCUCGGCCAAGAAGGCAAGGCAAGAGCCUUCCGUUGAGGUGAACAGCCCCCGCCCGGCUUCUGGGGACGAGGGGACAACAUUUCCCUUCACCCGAGGAUUUCGAGCCGGUGCGAAGUCCAAGCCACGUACAGGGGACCUCGCACACCGAGCAGACCUUAUCCGAGGCGCCGGUCCCCUUUACCCAAAUGUCCAAGACGGACAAGAAGGAACGGAUUGCCAGUGCCCUGGAAAUACUGAUUACCCAAACCGACCGAGAUCAUAUCAACGCGGUGAAUGGGAGAAACGAAUCGAGCGAACUUUUUCGCUCCUGGAUGGAUUUUUCCAUCCGGAUGACCAAGGUAGCCGAGGACCGGCUCACACUGGUGCAGGAGGUUCAGAGCCUGAAGGAGGCGGUCGGAAGCACUUCGAUGAGGUCUACCAGGCCAAGGAAGCUAAGCGCCUGGCCGAGCUCCGCUUGGAGGAGGCCAACAAGAAAAUUGAUGAUGGCGAGGCGACCUGGAAGCAAGAGAGGGAGGACUGGCAGGUUGAAAGGACCAACCUUACUCUUGCCAAGGACAACGCUGAGUCCGCCAAAGCCACGGCCGAGGCCAAGCAGGCUCAGGCCGAGAAGGACUUGGAAGAUGUCCGGCUCAAACUCUCCUCGACCGAGGCUCAACUGAAGGAAGCCCAAGCGGCCGUUUCUCGUUCUCAGGAGGAAUGGUUCAACGCCUGGCAGAAGUCGGACGACUGUACCGAUUUCUGCGCCGACGUGGGCCAAUCUUCCCAUAAGAUGGGCGAGGACGAGGCGCUUGCUAGGCUUAAGGUAGCCUUUGCUGAUUCCUGUCCCGAGGCCGACUGGAAUUCAGUCUGGUCCCGCUACCAGGAGUUGGCCGAAGCCGACGCAGCGGAGAUUAAGGCCAAGAUGGCCGAAGAGAUGAGGUCGGACAGCGACUCUGACUCCGAUGAUGAAGAGGAAGAUGCUGGUAGCACCGAGCCACCUCCACCAGAGCAACCUGCCGCUGAGCAACCUGCCACCGGUCCUUCUACUUAGCUUCCUUAGGAUUUUUAUUUUCUUAGCUUUGGCCUUGUCGGCCCUUUUAGCUUUUCUGCUUUCCGACCCCCUGCUUUUGUAAACUCUUGGUUGUAUUUUACAACUUUUGAUCAAUUGGAAUACAACUACUAUUUUGCAACUCGUCAUUUGUCGCAUAUUUUUCGUUAUUUGCAAUAUUACAACAUUCAAUAGACAAUAAAC